CGACGUCGUUGAAAAAAGUCAAUUUUCAUGUGCCCUAUACGAAGAUAUAGUGCAUAAGAUUAACUAUGAAUUGGCUGACGAAAUUGUGUGUACUUUUAUUGGUGUUAAUGACCCAUGCAAUCGAGGACUUGCCAACGAAUCCAGAUGUGUCCCAAACAUUCCCAAUUCCCAUCGAAACUGCCGAUAAUGGAUUAUCUGAUGGUGAACAGUGGGGAAAUGAAAGUCCAGGACCUCUGUCUUCAGAGAAAACGGAAGAAAAACUCAUAACAAUGAUCAAAAAGGUCCCUGUGCCGAUCGCCAUCACCAAACAUGUACCGUACAAAAUAGAGAAAAUUGUGCCCAUUCCAGUUCGUGUUGGAAUUAUUACCCCCGUUCCUGUAGAACGAAAAAUACCGGUUCCAAUAAAACAAAUUAUCAAGGUGCCGAUUCACAUUCCGCAGCCGUAUCCCAUCGAGAAAAAAGUACCCUACUUUAUUCGAGUUCCCGAAAUCCAGCCUAUACCAAUCAUCAUGAAAGAGUUUCACCCAUAUCCGAUCGAAAGAAAAGUGAGUAAUAAUUCUCUGGUCUAAUGAUCUUUUGUAAAAAAAUCAAUGAUGUUUUCCACAUUCGCAUUUACUUUCAAUUAUCAUUCAAUGUUUCUAAUGCAAUGAUUGCAUGACGCUUGUUCCAUCGUUUCUGACACUGGUUCAACAUAAUGGCGUUAGAUUCCAGGUAACACAUGAUACUUCG